AUAAUGAUGAAUGACAUUGAUUUGUAGCUUCCAUCUCCAAAGAAGCCAUCUAGAAUUGUAGGUGAAGGAAAACAACUACUCUCAACUCUCAAUAUAAAAGAAAUAUAGCUAUGGAUCAUGAUGAUAUGGAAGAAGAAUAUGCUUCUAUGUCUAAGUUGCUACAAGAAUUCACAAAUAUUCCUACCAUUGAUAAAGCAUGGACUUUCGAAUCCGAGUCUGAAGAUGCCUCCACUGCAAUGUUUUUGAUUAGUCAAACAGAUCUUUUGUCCAACAAGAGGAGAAAGUCGAUCCUAUCGACUCAUAUUUCGCGAAAGAUUGGCAGCUCUGUAAGUUUUCACUGGGAUCCAUUUCCUAUAGAGAUGACCGGUGUGUCCGCCAUAGUCCCCUCUCCAUCAGGAUCAAAGCUUCUACUCGUGCGAAACUCUGAAGGCGAGCACUCUUCAGCUUGUUUCGAAAUAUGGGGUCCAUCUCAACUUAAGAAGGUGUUUCCUGUUCCAUGCUCUAUUCACGGACCAGUGUAUACCGAUGGAUGGCUCGAGGGAAUUUCGUGGAACUCCAACGAGACCUUCAUUGCUUAUGUAGCCGAGGCACCAGACCUUCCCAAACCAACAUUCAACACUUUUGGUUUAAAAAAAGAGGAUCAUAAUAGCUGGAAGGGUCAAGGUGAUUGGGAAGAAGACUGGGGAGAAACAUAUCCUGGGAAAAAACAGCCGGCCAUUUUUGUCAUCGAUGUUAACAGUGGAGAAAUUCGUGGCGUUGCUGUUACUGGAGCUGGGAGGGAGUUGUGUGUCGGACAAGUUGUUUGGGCUCCCCCACUCGAUGGAAAGCAGCAGCAUCUCGUGUUUGUUGGGUGGUGGCCUUCGGAUACUCGAAAGUUUGGCAUCAAAUACUGCUAUAAUAGACCAUGUUCUCUCUAUGCAGUUGAAGCUCCAUCUUUUGAAUCAGAUUCUAUUACAUCAAGAAGUGAUGCAGCUACAGAUUCACUGAUAAUCGAACUGACUCACAGCAUAAAUAGCGCAUUCUUUCCCCGUUUCAGUCCAGAUGGGAAAUCUCUUGUUUUCUUAUCAGCAAAAACUAGCGUUGAUUCCGGGGCACACUCAGCAACGCAGUCGCUUCACAAGAUUGAGUGGCCCUCCAAUGGGAAGCUCGGCCCUCUGACAGUUGCUGAUGUGGUUCCUGUGAUCAUGUGUCCCGAAGAUGGCUGCUUUCCCGGGCUUUACUGCACGAGCUUACUCUGCAAUCCAUGGCUUUCUGAUGGCCACACAAUGGUUUUAUCUUCUGCUUGGGGCAGUGUCCAAACUAUACUUUCUGUAAAUAUAUUAAGUGGAGACGUGUCGCAAAUCACCCCUGAUAAUUCGAGGUCUUCAUGGGAUGUCCUAGCUGUAGGAAGUGACAGUGUUAUUUCUGUAUGCAGCAGUCCGAUUAGUAUUCCCGAGAUCAAGUAUGGCAGCUUGCUCGGAAAAUGGAGAUGGUGGGAUGUCUCAAGUCCCAUUCAAUGCUCUGACAAGGUUUCAUGUCUCUUGGCAUCACAACAAUUUGACAUAUUGAGUAUACCAGUCAGGGAUUUUUCUGAGAAUCUUGCAAAAGGUGCAUGCAGACCGUUUGAAGCUAUAUAUGUAUCAUCGAGGCAUAGGAAGUCGUCUGAAUCGCCUGAUCCGUUAGUUGUCUUCCUUCAUGGAGGUCCACACAUUGUUUCGUUGGCAAGCUUCUCCAAGUCUCUGGCUUUCCUAUCUUCACUUGGUUAUAGCUUGCUUAUUGUCAACUAUAGGGGUUCUCUCGGAUUUGGCGAGGAAGCAUUGCAAUCUCUUCCGGGAAACAUUGGAUCCCAGGAUGUGAGAGACGUACUCACUGCAUUAGACGCUGUCAUUGACAAGGGACUUGCGGAUCCAUCUAAAAUAUUCGUCCUUGGUGGUUCGCAUGGUGGGUUUUUGACUACACACUUGAUUGGUCAGGCACCCGAAAAGUUUGCUGCAGCAGCAACUAGGAAUCCCCUAUGCAACAUUCCUCUGUUGUUUGGCACAUCUGAUAUUCCCGACUGGUGUUUCACUGAGGUUUUUGGAAGCGAACGAAGACCUGCCUUCACGGAAUCCCCUUUUGCAGAACACCUGGAUCUAUUUUAUAGCAAGUCUCCUAUUGCUCAUGUCUCGAAGGUUAAAACCCCCACGAUUUUUCUACUUGGUGCCCGGGAUAUGCGCCUGCCAAUGUGUAACGGAAUACAGUAUGCACGAGCAUUGAGGGAAAGAGGGGUCGAAACCAAGGUUAUUGUCUUCCCCAACGAUGAACACAGCAUUGACAGACCACAGUCAGACUAUGAAAGCUACCUGAACAUUGGUAUGUGGUUCAACAAGCAUUGCAAAUAAUAGUAUACUCCAUUAUUGUUGGGACACUAUCAUUGUUUGUGAAGAGGAUUGUUGGGGCAUUGUAUAAUAUUGUUUGUCUACAUUGAUGUGUGGUUCCACAUGCGUUGAACA